GAUAUUAUGGAUCACAUGGAGUCAUUUGGGAAAGAUCAUGGGCCACAUGGAGUGCUGAGCAUCAUCGCGGGCGGCUUCAACAUCUACUUCCCGAUGCUGGUGGUGCUGCUGUGCCUGGCCACGCACCUGUCGCUGGGCAGCCGCCUGCUGACGGCGUGCGGCUUCCAGCAGUUCGUGGGCGACGACGACCUCACCACCGACCUGGUGGACGAGGGCCGCGAGAUCGUCAAGCGAGAAAAGCGCAAGCGCCAACGGGCCGAGGAAUCGCUGACGCGUCGUCGCGACUACAACAACAGAUUCUCCAACUACCGCGCCGCCCGCGACGAUAGUGGAGCCCACACCGGGCUCCUAAAUGACGUCGACACAGACUAUUACGUCAGCCCGAGCCCCGACCGAGUGCAGGAAGCCUCCGGCUACCAACGGGCUGAGGUUCCUUACAACAGAUCCGAUCUGACAUUGGAGGAUGAGAUAGACAAAAGAUUCGGGAAAAGCACGCAAUCCAGCCGGUCGGAGUUCGACGACCCGAGGGACAAGAUGACGAUACCGCCAAGAGGACUGUUCGAUGAUGUGUAAGUGUCAAGUUAUACUCCCGUUCUGUACCUUGCUUUGAAUGAGGGCUAUCGUUUUAGCGCUCACCAGUUAGCGCCACUGUAGAGUAAGGUCCUGUCACUUGCUAGUAGCGAAGACAGUGGCACCAACUGGUGAGCGCGAAAGUAGUAGGAGGACUAUCGUAUUUGCACUCAUCAAGAUGGCGCCACUGUAGAGUAAUGUCCUGUCAAUCGCCAGGGGUGCCAACUGUUAAGUAUAAAAACGAUAGCCCUCAUUGGGUAGGACACUAUUGUAAAUGUUCGAAAGAUGAUGUCAAAAAUUGUACUGUUUUUUUAAUUCAUGGUCUAAAGAUAGACUAAAUAUUAUUGGAGCACCCGUUCUGUACUGCUCGCUCACUUUAGAUUGGGUAGGACAUCACUACUCAGAAAGGGUUACACUUGUAGAUGUUCGAAAGAUAACGACAAAAUCUUGCUGGGAUGUGACGUCACAUUUAAUUGUACACGGUCUGAAGAUGGGCUGUAUUUAGUCGAGCACCACUCAUCGACUUGCUCGAAUAUAAAUAUAAUAUAAUUUGUUAUAUUAUCUUUGCAUAUUUACAAGAUCGGGAGUAGAUAUAAGGUUACAUCGAUCUACUUUGUAGAUAUGCCAUCGGUAUAUUGUAGAUACACCUACCUUAAUUUGACGGGUCAGUUGUAUACAUAGUUUCGCCGGUAAUUUACAAAUUCUGGCUUAAUUAGCUUAUUUAUAACAAAGCCAUCUAUAAUGUAGAUCCUAGAUAACCAGUUUUGUAAUUUUAUAGGACGAAUACGCCUUAACGUAACUUAUUGUCUUCAAAGAUAUAUCUUUAAAUGAACACAUAACGUAUAAAACUCAAGAGUAAUUAACAGAGGCGCGGAUAAAGGCUAGUAAUUGAUUGAUUGUUAUAAUUAGCGUAUAAUAUAAAUGGACUUUCAAUAAAAUACGACUAGAUUUACGUCUUAUAACGUGUUUCGUUUCGUUUAAUGAUAAUAUAAUAUUGUACCCAAAAUUUUUUGACUUAUUUUGUCAAUUAGAAAACAAAAAGCCUAUUGCAGAAAGAAAAAGUAAAUUUCAUACGUUAAAAUCGACAUGCAGUGGUUUGGUACUACGUUACGUCCGUUUGCCUCCUGUCACAUAAAAAAAACGUCUGAAGAAGUAUAACUAUUUGUAAUUAUAGUUGUUUACUCAAUGGAUUUCUUGAGCCUUUCCUUGAACCACAUUUUGAAGGAUUCGGAUCGGACGUAUUGCGAAACCGCUCUUAAAUUUUACUGGAAAUUCAUAUGAAAUUACGUCUUAAUUUCGCUGGUUUGGUUUACUGCACACAGAUGCGAAUUAUUUUGCUUCUAACAAUCGCUCUACGAGUAUGUGAUGUGUAUUAUGUACAAAGUUUUGCUUUUCAUGUUAUUAAAUUUACUAUUUAACUUAUAGCCUUAAUAUAAUACACAGUAUGUAAAUAAGUUAUAUAUUUUGUGUAAUGGGUUUCUAUCCUAUUUUAUAACUCGAUUAACACCAACUUGGUCUAAACUAACGCAAUUCGUCCCGAUGAAUAUGCUAAUUUAUUAUCGUUUUAAGUAUUCUACAAGUAAAAACUAGUUGCAAUUUUUAUGCAUAGAUGUGACUUUAAAUGUAUUAUAUUUAAGUAGCACUAAUUCGUGCCUUUGGUUUCUACACUGAAAAAAUUGGCUUUAUUUCAAAAUAAAUUCAUCUAAUGUGAUUGGUUGAUGAAUGUUUAAAUGCGUAAUAUGAUAGUUAUUAUGGGCAUUUUAUGAGAAAAGGCAGACAGAAACUGUUAUUAAAAGAUAUAUCACGCCAUGAAUGGGAGUGGCAGCUGAAAACCUUACCCUGAAGAGUCAAGGACAUUUUGAUCAUCUUUUUAACGUGCAAGUUUGCGUUUACAACUCUGACUAAUCACAAUCGCUUAACUUUAUCGGUGUCAAGAAAACUGAAGGUAACUAGCAUAGGAAUCAUUGUACAGAAUUAGCAAAUUAUAAUUUAUUUAGUUAAUUAGUUAAUACUGUCGUGAAGAAUUUAUGUUAGAAUUAUGUAUUUAUAAUCAUUUAGCUUUGUCAGUGUCGAGCGAGAUUACUUGUAAAUAAGAUGUAAUUUUAUUUUAUUACUAAACUCUUAUACAAUUAAAUAUUAUACAGUAACGAUAAAUAAAUUAACCAUGAGUAUUUCUCUGAAUCCUUUCUUUUAUAUCGCGGUCGCUUUUCAUUUCUAAUCUCGAUCGAUGUACUUGUUGCAAUAUUGUUUUCAUUCCAUAGAUUUAUUUGAUGCAACCGCAUUAAACACAAAUGUGAUAGUUA